UGACGUCACGCACUCGUGCAGGUAAUCGACGAGGUGGUUAUCAUCGUUAGUCGUGCAGCAACGAACCAGCAACGUAUACCGCGAUGGCGUCUCGAGGCCUCACAUCGAUACCCGGCGAAUGCAAACUAGUGCGCGACCUCUCCUACCGACAACUCAAUGGACUCGCCAGCAUCCUCGACUGCAUCGACGGCAAGAUGGCCGGCUGGGAGAGGCUCAUCGCAGAGAUGCCGAAGGGUACGUACGACAGCGUACAGAUCGGGACGUUUCGUUUGGCUCAGCUUCGUCUCAGCGGCAGCCCGACGUACGACCUACUGACCGACAUGGGCUACCGUGGCCGCACCGUUGCUCAGUUGAUCUCCUAUCUCGAAAAAAUCGAAAACGAAAAGGCAUUGGAAUUGCUGAAACCGCCAGAGGCGCCAAGGAUAGUCAAGCAACCGACGGUGGGAAUCGCUCCGGAGGACACAGAGAUUCAGCUCGAGUGUUUUGCCGUUGCGUUGCCGUUUGCGCAGUAUCGUUGGUUUCGAGGUAAACAGCCCGUCGAGGAGGUACCGGGCGAGGUGAGCGGUGCGAGGGACCGCUUGCUGACAUUCAAGCGAGCCAGACCGCACCACAAUGGUCAGUACUGCUGUCGCGCGUUGAACAAGAUGGGCCACAUCUUCAGCAACUGGGUGGAGGUCAGAGUGAUUGCCAACCCUCCUCGUGGCGCUAUCGACCCUCUACCUCAAGUGUCUGGUCCACACCGUCAGCCAUCUGUUUUGGGUGCUCCGAGAAUCACUCAGCAUCCGAGGUCGACGUCUGUUCAGGAGGGAGAUCAGUGUGUGUUGUCGUGUGAAGCGGCCGGGAAUGCGUCACUGGUUUAUCGCUGGUUCAAGAACGGUGUGGAGAUGCCCAAUGGUCAAGGCACGAGUAUUCUGUUCCAGCCCGUUCAUCCUGCUGAUGCUGGUCAGUACUUGUGUAAGGUCACCAAUGCUGUUGGUGAGGAUGUAUCAAACACUGCGAAUCUCCAAGUUGUUCCUUCUGGCCCGGGAAUGGAGAGGUCUGGUCGCAGUCCGUCAGUUGCAGUUCCUCAUGUUCAUAUCGAUGAGGCGUACGUUGGACGAGAAGUGACAUUGGUGUGUGGUGGUGACAUCCAUAAUGUGAUAUGGUUCAAGGACGAUAAACUUAUUGAGGGUGCAUCCGGGGUAAGGCAAUGGAAGCUGCCAAGAGUUCAGUCUGGCAAUUUCGGUCAAUACUCGUGCAAGUCAAUCAGUGGGUCGUCGGUCUCUCAGCACAACGUAGAAGUAUCAGUUGUGCCGCCAUUUGAACCACAAACCGGUGGUCAACAGUAUACUGUCAGUACUUGUCGUGGGAAGGUUGCACUUCUCAUUGGCAAUCAAAAAUACCUGAGUGCAGAGUUGACUACACUUCGUCAGCCACACAAUGAUGUCCAAGCGUUGGCUGGUCAACUGACCAGUUUAGGUUUUCAUUGUGUUACGUUGAUUGAUGCAUCAAAGAAAGAGAUGGAGCAUGCGUUGGAGUUCUUCGAGUACCUCCUGGUGUCCGGUGUUCAUGCCUUGUUCUAUUUUGCUGGACAUGGCUUUGAAGAGAACGGCGAAAACUACCUUGUUCCUGUUGAUGUUCACGAAGGAUUCUCGCUGCAAGAAUGCAUUAAGGCGCAGUAUAUCCUUCGGGUGCUACAAGAUCAUGAUACAGCUCUAAAUUUCCUGAUUCUCGAUAUGUGCCGCAAGGCAAGAGAAGAAAGCAGUUCUGCCCAACAGAGCUGCCCACAACCACUUCACAACAGGGCAAAUACCAUCAUCUCAUAUGCAUGCAAUCCACAAUACGAUGCAUACGAGAGCAAACACAUUGCCAGCGAUAAUGGUAUUUUCAUGACCCAUUUCCUAAGACACAUUAGUGAAGUGAAACGAGUCGAAGACCUCCUAAUGAAUGUCAAUACAGCUGUAUACAAUGCUCGACCCGAGGCUGUUGUAGAAGACAAGUGGCAGAAACCAACCUUUAUAUCAAGUUUGGCUCAUCGAGUUAGUCUCCACGACCAGGUUGUUUAUAAUGAUCCACAAUACCCUUCAGACAACCAAUUCAGUGACAGCAUGCGAUUAUGGGAGCGAGCACACACAAUUCCUCCACCUGUCAAUCUCGAAGGUCACGAUUAUCCGUUUCAUGGAGAUGGUCUAAAGCUAAAACUGAUCUUUGAAUCUGAGUUUUCCAACGUACUUCUGAUAAGGGUCCAUGUCGUACACCCGACGACGGUUACCAACAUCCAUGUCAGCAUCACAGCAACAGGAUCGGCCAACAAGCUGUCCACCUACCAUGUCAUUGACCUGCAAAAUCAAGGAUAUUCAACUAUGUCAUCUGAGAGGACAAUGAGCAGCAGCAGUGCACACAGCAGCAUGAGUUUUAAUAGCUCGCGAGCUGUGUCUGGAGUAUCUCAGGGUGCCGUCCCACCAUUUUUGUUCAAGAUAGAAAAGCUGCAACGAAUUAGAGGGAAUGUGAACUUGAUGCUACAUUUGCAGUAUAUGACCAUCAAGUAUGGCACAUCCAGGCACGAGAGUCACAACGUUAGAACAACCAUUGAUCCACCUCUCAUUGCAAAAAUCUACCAGCUCGACAAGGGAUCAUAGUCACAUAGAGUAGUCGUAAUUUGUAAGACACCUUUCUAGUGCUAGCGAAGUAUUUUAUGUCAUAACAUUUGCAGAAGUCACCGCCAUAAGUAUGUCUUUUUCUUAUGACAGUGAGCCAGUAACCUUGUAGUAGGUAGUUUAGAUGGGUCAUGGUGUGCAUUUGAAAUCAGCUAAUAUGGAAAAUCCACAGUCACCCAG